AUGAGUUGGCCACUCCAAGACUUCCAAGAUAUAGACGAGUCCACAACUUUCGAACAAGCUGUGGACUCGUCUCAACCAAGCCUGAUAUCUCUCGGAGAUACUCCUUACAGUUUUUCCAGUAAUGCUUUCAAUGCGGACUUCCCAGAAAACCCGGUUUUAUCCCAGAACGUUCAAACUUUUGAGGCUUUUGAUAUUUUCCAAAACAACUUGUUUCUUGAUAACCAUUCGCAACUUCCGAACCUGGACUUGGUUCAAGACGACGAUUUACUCUUGACUGUCCCCGAGCUGGCUGCUCCGGAUGAAACUGGAACCGGUCAGUUUACAUCAGAAAGGCUGUACUUGCGAUAUGAAUCAGACAUUGAUCCACAGAAUGACACUUCCACCAUUCUGUAG